GCCAACACAUGUGCAGGGAGGGAGCUGUAGCUGGUGCUUAUGCUCUCUUUUUUUGGCUCUUGGGAAUUCACAGGGAUUCAAUCUGGUGCUAAUGAGACUACCGUGUUAGCGACGUGCCGACACGCGUAUUCUGCUGUAUCAGUAUGCGUGUAUGCACAACCUUUUUUUAAAAAAGAAAAGAAAUGUAUAUUUUUUUUAAAAAAAAUACCCUGUGAUCCAUUCUUCCUUUUUGAUGGGCUGUGAUCCAUUCUGCACUUGUUCUCUUCGUGGGAUACAAGUCUGGGUGGCCUGCUUGCUGGACCAGCGUAGCUGACGAAGGAGGGCAGAGAACGCCCGCGGCUGCCUGCGUUUUUAGUCCCACAUCGGGGAGGCGGGGGAAUGGCCACCGCUUCAUAAGAGGAGCAGGCCAAGCUUACAGCGUGCCCAAAUGGAAAUGGAAGCACACCCGGCAAGGCAUGAGCCAGAUCAGGCUCCUGCCGUGGCGGUGGCAUGUUGCGCUGCAAAUGUUUUUGCCAUCCUGUGGAGAAAACGGCGCGGGCCUGAGAGGGAGGCGACGGAGCUCGGCCUGCUCAAGGAAAACCGGCGGCGCGGGGCUCGGGUGCGGAGACAGCGAAACUUCACCGGCGACCAUGACCUGGAGCUCAAGGAAGAGCUCGGCGUCGGGGAGGAGGGGAGGCAGCGGAGCUCGACCGGUGGCUGCAACCUCGAGCUCAAGGAAGACGACGGCGACGGUCGUUGCUGAUGUUUUCUCAAACCGGGCUUUCUCCCUUUCCGUUACUUUUUUUUUUUCAAAAAGGGGGAGAUCCUCGGCCUCUGCAUCAGAGCGAUGCAUAGAAAUACAAAGUCUUUCGGAUAGCAAGAGAUACAUGAGGAAACGCGAAAAUGAUGAAGGAGGUUGCUGUUGAUCUGUACUACGCCUUAAGCUAGGUAGCGGUUUGGUUCUCUUAUUGUUACAUCCCUAGACUGGAACAAGUCACAUUUGCUUGCUGUUCCAGGAAGAAGUGGCUGCUGCCUCGGUGCAUUCAUUUUUUUUUGUAAUGGGCUGUGAAUACGGCAGUUGUGCUUUCAGAAACUGCAACCAUGUUAUCUCCUAUCUACAGGCCGUGUUUAGCUCUUAC